AGGGGGAGUAUUGGGUGAGGUUGCACUUCCGGGUUGCGGGCAACUUCCUGGCUGGCUGGUGGCAGAGGGAGACCGAGGGGCAGCUCCUGUUCUUUGGUGGGAGCCGUCGCUUCCUGGUUCCUCCCUCGAGGCUCCCAGGGCGGGCAGAAGAUUCUGCAUUGCUGAUCAGCCUGUCUCAAGGAAGCAAUUGAAGAGAUGAGGUAGCUGCUCUCAAGUGUGUUAGAAUCCACUACAAAUGGAAGCAAAAUAUAAAGACGAUGUAUUUAGAAAGUAUGUACAAUUUCAUGAAUCUAAACUGGAUACCUCUGACAAGAAGCAGCGCCCAGUUAGUGAUGAAUAUCUACAAGUGGCAGCUUCAGCCUUACUCUGCUUUCCCAAGAUUGAUCCUUUUUAUAGAUUCCGGCUGAUUAAAUUUUAUGAGAUUGUUGAAAAUUCUCUUAGGUCCUCAAAGUCUUCAAGUUUACGUUCUCUCCAGAGUGCAUUCAAAGUUCUGGAAUCAGUUGGAGUUAAUCUUUUUCUUUACCCGUGGAAGAAGGAAUUUAAAAAUAUCAAGACCUAUACAGGACCUUUUGUUUAUUAUGUGAAAUCUACAUUAUCUGAUGAGGAUAUAAGACAUAUACUGAACUCGAUGGGCUAUGUCCAGGAACUUGGAACUGUGUAUAAGCUUAAAGAGUUGGUGGAUACCCUUCAGGUCAAGAUGGUAUCAUUUGAACUUUACUUGGCCAAAAUAGAGUGUGAACAAUUGAUUGAAAUUCAUUUGCAAGUGAAAGAUAAAGGUUAUUCAGAACUUGACAUUGUAAAGGAGAGAAAAAAUAGCAACGAUGAUGUCCGAGGCUGCUCCGAUGCUUUGAAACGCCGUGCAGAAUGCAAAGAGAAUCUAAAUACUUCCAUGUCACGAAUGGUACUUCAGAAAUCUGCUAGUGAAAGAGGCUCUAAAGAUUACUUCAAGCCCAAAGUUAGCAAACCUUCUAAAUCAGUGGAUGCAUAUGAUAGUUACUUGGAAAGCAAGAAGCCACCUUUAAUGACAUCACUGAGUCUCAGAAAAGAACCCAUUUUAGUUGAUACUGAAGAUGAUAUUAAAGAUGAAAUAAUUCGUCCAUCACCAUCUCUCCUUGCCAUGUCAAGCUCUCCUCAUGGAUGCUCUGAUGAAUAUUUGCCAGUUCCAUCUCACUCCAAUGGUGUAUUAAGAACAGGUAUUCCAUAUGGCACUUACUAUUCCCCUCAAGAUGAUUUAGAUUUAUAUACUGACCCUGAUUCCCGAAGUAUGUUUAAGAGGCAGGAAUCCACUAAACAUGAUGUAUGGCUGCUAAGAAAUGAUGCCAAUCCAACUUAUCAUAAACGUACACAUCUAGCCAAAGAGAUGACUUCCCUUAAGUGCCAAAAUUGUGGAUUAACUUGUGGCGCCUCCAUUUGCCAAAAGUGUGACAACUUGCUCAUCUGUAGGCAGGAGUAUCCAGCAAUGAAACAGAGCAGCUACUCAAUGAAAACUCUUUCAAGUGAAGGCAUAUCAUCUGGAUCUGGUAUAAGGGAAAAGCCUCAGUAUAUGUUGCAGACUCAGGAACGAGGGUCUCAGUUCAGUUCAAAGUCCAAGCCUUCGAGUUCUUCACGUUGUGGCUUUUGCAAUCGAUCAGGAGCUACAAACACAUGCACUUUUUGUUCAAAAGUUUCCUGUGAUACUUGCCUCAGUGCUUACUAUUAUGAUCCCUGCUGUCGAAAAAGUGAGCUUCACCGGUUCUUGCCAAACAAUCAGCUAAACUAUAAAUCAAACCAGUUGUCACAUCUGGUUUAUAGAUAGAUUUUUAAUCUUGGGGUGAGAUAUUCUAUAUAUUGGGACAAAAGGGCUAAAAAUGAAAACAUACUGAUGUUGCUGGUAAGAAGUAUCAUCCUACUGACCUCUUAGGAGAAAAACACCCUAGACUCAUGCCCUAUUGUUAGACAAAUACAUCUUAACAUGUGUGCCCCAUCCUUGAUGAUGUGAUAUCACAAACGUUGUCUAUACCAUAGUUGCUGCUGCUACUAUUACUCUUUUAGGUGAUUCUUAGCUGCUUUUCUGUUUAGUUGGGGGAGAAAUGCACUUUUUCCUUUUAGAAGCAGGCAGAUGUUGCAGUCCUUUCCCCCCCUAAAAGGCAUCCUAUGUCUUGUUUCAUUGCUGUCUCUGCCUCAUCCAUAUAGCACAGCAUCAAAGUAAUAAUUUAAAAGACAACUAUGGAAUUAAGAACACUGUUUUCAGCCCAUUAUAAAAUUGUCUGUUUUAGUAACUUGUACAAAAUAUUCAUGAACUUUUUUUUGCCAAAAAUGUUUGGUUUUAAAGUAAGAAGACAGAUCCAUUUCCUGAGUUCUAACAAGCAAAUCACCAUUUUUUUGGUCUUCAUGUCUCCUUUUGCCCCCUCAUUCCAGGAUUUCUAUCAAGCUUAUAAAAUCAAAUUCUGAAUGGAGCCUUUAUUUUUCCAUUGUUGUCAAUACACUUGUGUUUUUUUAAAAUGUUUUGAUAUUAUAAAGAAGUGAAACUAUGUGUUACAUUAUGCCUGAAGUGUUGUCUUUCCCCUAUAAGUAAUUAUUGAAUUCACCUUCUGUUCCACAUGUAUAAUAUCCAAUUCUUUCUACUGUAAAUAAGUGAUUUGGAAGCAGUUUAUUUUUUAAUAAAUAUAUUCAGUAUGUUGUGUGUUUUUUAAAAAAAUAAGGUCAUGUAAUUGAAGUUUCUGGGUUAUUUCUUCAGGUAACAUACUUUCCCUUGUACUGUAUUUCACCUACAGCUUAUUACAGCUGUUGUAGACAGGUGUUGCUCAAAAUCCAUAUGUCACUUUACUAUUUUCUCCUGGUUUAAAAUUCUAUCUUUUGAAUCAUUGUCAGUGGGAUAUGUAGUUUCAUGUCUUCUCUUCCAUACACAAGUGAAGUUAUUUCAGUAGUAAUGAAUUUGGCUCCUAAUAGAACUUAAAAAGACUUGGUCACACAUAUACACAGUCUCCCUUUAAACUGCACAGAGCUGCACCCCACGGCAAAUCUGUAGCAUUGUUCAGUGGUGACCCUUAAAAAUGGAUUGUGUUAUUCCAAGUCAAGUAAAAUUUCUCAGUUGUGGAGGUGAAUCUAAAUACAGAAUUUAAUUUUGGCCUAGAGGCUAUCUGUCCUUUCAUCAUUCAUCCUUAAUCUUGAAUGAUUAUGCCAUUGCAUUAGAUUUUGAGCUUUGUGGCAAACCACUAUCACCCCUAACUGUACAUUUUAAAAGCAUGGUUGUAAACUCUAGGAUUUGUAAGAGUCUGUAAUACUUUUUUUCCUUUACAUGUCAAACUUGUAUAAAUGACUAGUGAUUACGUUACGAGUACAAAUGCAGAGCAUGAGCAGAAACAAAGGGAUUUAGCAAACAGUUGUAAAUGUGCUGAAAAUCUAAUGUCAGAAAUGAACAUCAAAUGUACAGUCUCAAAAGAUUUUUAUGGAGAGUUACAAGCAGUAAAGUAGUACCAAUAAAAUGAUACAUGAUCAAGAAAAGAAUACAUGCUCAAGAAAAGUAGGAAUGAGAUUAUUGCAAUGGCAUACUGCAUCAGUUUUUAUUUUAAGUUUUUGCAGGUAAGUAUUAACUUGCUGAUCAGGAAGGUGAGUGAAAAAUCAUUGCUAAACUGAGUGAUUAUAGUUUUUCAAAAAUUUUGAUGGAUUUUUAAACAAGUAUAUAUUAAUAUAACUGUAGAUACAGUGUGUAUAUAAUGCCAAACUUAAAACGAUUUUAUUCUUUCUAAAAGUGUCAGCCUGUAGAGUUCAUUUUGACGUGUUCUGUUUCUCUUCAAUCUCUUAAAGCAUCAUGCCUGUCUUUUAUUUGGCUGCUAUACUGUAUAGCUUCUAGUUUUCUCCUGUUAGGAUUCCAUAUUGCUACUCACAUGACACUAAAUGAACAAAAACUGUGAUGCCACGUAAUUUAUACAGUGAACUUAGCAGGGACUAAUUAUUUUGCUUUAAAAAAGAAAGUCCUGUGUACAUAUUUGUCAUGGAAAACCUGUAGUGCAGAACAGUGUUAAAUUGCAAGUGAUACCAUGCUAAAUAUAUUUUUAUGUGUAUCUUACUGUAUGAGAUUGCUGUGAUCAAGACAGUAAAAUGUGUUAAUUUAAAAUGCA